AACCUGGCCCCCAUAUUUUAGCCACCAAUCAACGUUGAUUCUCUGCGUCGCUGAUGCUCCGUCCGCAAGGCGCAACUCCUUUGCUUUUCUUUUGUUCAUUCAAUUGAAAUCCAGGUUACGUUAUCUUGUGCUCUACUUUUUCAAUCUUGUCACCAAUCUCUUUCUAGUUACCAUCACUUCAUAUAAAGUAUAAACCUAAUCAUCAUGACUUAUUAUUUAUUGUUGUUUUUCUUGUUUCAGAUGCGUUUUUCUGUUGAUAGUGUGUAAAUUUGGGACAAACCCAUUAUUUUGAAUUGCUCAAAUUGCCUGAAUUUGUUUUGGGUUUUGGGUUUUGGGAAAUUGAACUGAUAAUCAGCCAUGACUCGUACUUGUUUUGGUGAUUUGGGUGAUGUGAGAAGCUGUUGGGGUUACAAAUUGAAGUUGGUGCGUAGUGAGCAGGAAACUAAAGAUACCCAUCUGAAUAAUGUAAGACUAUUUUCUUUGAAAGAGUUGAAAAAGGCAACAAACAAUUUUGGCGCAAACGCAGUUUUAGGAAGGGGUGGGUUUUCAUCCUAUUAUAAAGGAACUUUAGAGAAUGGGACUGUGGUGGCAGUUGUGGUGCCUACUGUGGGGAAUGCAGAUCAGAAAUGCGUAUCGAAUUCACCAGAUUUAGUUGAUAUGUUGUCUAGAAUUAGGCACCGGAAUGUUGUUGAAUUUAUUGGAUGUUGUCUUGACGGUUCUCGUAGGAUUAUGGUGUAUGAGUUUGCUGGGGAUAACAACCUCGAUCAGUUGUUAUUUCUAGGGAAUUCAGAGGCCAAACGAUCUGAAUUAAACUGGAGUAGAAGAGCUUCUAUAUGCAUUGGCAUCGCUCGUGGUCUUGAAUAUCUUCAUGAGGGCAUUACUCAUCGUGUUGUACAUCGUGAUAUCAAGCCUAGCAAUGUUGUUCUUGACAGUAACUUCAAUCCCAAAAUUGUAGAUUUUGGGAUAGCACAGUUGUCUGAUCAUGAUGUAUCACAUCACAGUUGCUCAAUUGCUGGAACACUAGGCUAUCUAGAUCCUGAAUAUAUUUUAACAGCAAGACUUACUGAGAAAGCAGAUGUUUAUAGCUUUGGGAUUAUUCUACUUGAAGUCAUCAGUGGCCGGAAAGUUCGGGAGUUUCAGAACAAAGGCAGUGAGGCUACACUGGUGAGUUGGGUUUGGGAACUACGAGAAACUGAUAGGGUUCUGGAGAUUGUUGAUCCAACUUUAUACGACUUUCCAGAAGAUGACGUGAAACGCUUUAUUGAUGUUGCUCUUUCUUGUGUCCAAUCAUCUUCAAAACUCAGACCAAGCAUGUCCGAGGCUUUGCUUAUGCUCUUAGGACCUUAUGACUUCAGUAAGAAGGUACUAAAAAAUCCAGAGCACUCAAUCUGGUCCGGUGAUCAUGAUGAAGUCCAUUUUUCUAGUCAUGAUGAAGAAUCAGGAAAAGCUGAGAUCACCGUGGCAAGCAGUGAUGCACCUUCUUCGGUUCAUGCAUCUGGAACAAAACACUUUCCAGACGCAAGAAACAGGUACGGAACAGCUCCAAGUCAGCCAGCCAUCGAACCAAUUAGCAAGUCGGCACAUGGUUUUGAAACAGAAAUAGAGAGUGACCUUGACACAUAUUCUAGUGCAUCAGAACUAGUGGAGAUUUCACAUGAUCUAGAAACUGAACUAUCCAGAACUAUCGAGGCAAACAUCUCUGCGGCAGCUUCUGCAUCUAAACAAAGUGGUAAAAGUGCAGUGAAACCUGAACUUAUUAGUUCAUCUCUAGGUACUAGAACUGGAUAUCUUUCAUCUCUGAAUACUGAUAGUGAUGUUCAUGAAGAAGCAAUCUCUGAACCUCAAAUGAGCAAACCGUCUCUAUCUGAUAACAAGAAAACUACUUCAUCUGCAGAAAUUGACAUAUCCGUCCAGAAUGAAGCAGUUGGCAAUAUUUCAUUUGACAUACAAAACAAUGGAAUAGAUGAGAUUCUUUCACUUCCAGAAGUUGAUGUGAAAACACCAAUUCAACGUACUGUAGAGAAGAUUCUCGAAGGUUUAAAGGAUUCUCAUCGCAGAAGUAUUUGUCUUUAUGGAAGAGGGGGUAGUGGCAAGACAACUGUGCUGAAAAACUUAUUCCUUCAUCCAGCAGCAAAGGAGUUGUUUGACCAGAUCCUUUAUGUGACUGUCCCCAGGUUUGGUUAUCAGAAACAUGUGCGUGAUGAGAUUAUACAGCAAUUGUCAUUAAAUGUACAAGACUCUUGCACAGACAAGGAAAUUAUCUUUCUUAUUCAUCAGGCCCUCGUGGACAGAAAGUUUUUGGUGCUUUUGGAUGAUGAUUGGGGAUCAAUUGACUUGCCUGAAGUCGGAUUCCCAAGUCCUGGUCCAGAAAGCAGCUGUUGGUUCGUAUUGGCUACUAGAUCUCUUGAUGCUUGCCCUAUUUUAGCUGAUAUGGAGAUAGAAAUGGAGGUUCUCUCUAAUGUGGAAGCUUCACAAUUAUUUUUCUCUAAAGUUGGAGAUAUAAUUGAUUCUCUGGAAAUUAAGCCCUAUGCUCAAGCUAUUUCCAAUGAAUGCUAUGGUUCACCAGUGAUACUUUCGGCCAUGGGAAGUGCCUUAAGAGCAGAAAGCAAUGUUGCAGAGUGGAAGCUUGCACUGGAAAAACUUCAGUUUGGUAACACAGCUAACACAAGUGCUGAACUAUUUUUUAGCCGGCACAUAAAAUUUUGUUAUGAUAGAUUGAGAGCUCGUGAUGUCAAGACUUGCUUUCUGUACACUGCAUUAUUUCAAGAAGAAAAAGAAAUUGAUAAUUCUACACUGGUGGAGUGCUUCAUCAGUGAAGGCUUAGUUGGUGGGAGGACUCCAGUUGCUUAUAGAAAGGGACAUGAUAUCGUUGGGCAUCUUGUAAGGGCUUCUUUGAUAGAGGCUAAUGACAACGGUCUUAAGGUAAAAAUGCAUAAUAUAGUGAGGGAUUCAGCUUUAGAAAUUUUUUCGUCGGAUAUAGAAGGUUUUCGAGUAUUGUCGAGAUUGCCAGAAAUAGAAAAGGAUGAUGGUCAAUCCUCUCAGACCAAACUGGUUGACAAGACCAAUACAUUCGACAUCCAGUUGCCUGGUAAUCACAAAUACUUGACUAGAGCUGGUGCUCAUUUGAAGGAACCCCCAUCAAUGGAAGAAUGGGAGCAAGCAACUAUGAUGUUCUUGAUGGAUAAUGAAAUAUCAAGUCUUCCGCGCAAGCCAAACUGCUCUACUCUAGUAGCACUGCUCCUUCAAAGAAAUAGUUGCUUAAGAGUGAUACCAGCAUCCUUUUUCGACAGCAUGUCUAUUUUGAGAAUUCUGAAUCUCUCCAAAACCCGUAUAAAAUCUUUACCUGAUUCAUUUUCUAGGCUCAGAAGCCUCCAGAUCUUACUUCUGCGUGAUUGUGAGCGCUUGCUAGUGCUACCUCCUUCAAUUGGAAAUCUCAAAUCUCUUGAGGUGCUUGAUCUUCAAGGUACUGAGGUAACCCACUUGCCUGAUAAUGUUGGUGUAUUAACAAGCUUGAAGCAGUUGAGAGUUUCAUUUUAUGGAUCCAUGGAUCAUCGUGAAUACAAUAAGCUUCCAGCGAAGUUGGUAUCAGAUGGAAUCAUUUCAAGUCUUAGGCUUAGAGAACUUGGUAUGUUUGUAUACCCUGGAGAUCGACGCUGGACAUUAAGUGCAUCCGAUAUAACAAAAGAAAUCAGUAUCCUGAAGUUGUCUGUGUUAUAUUUUCACUUUCCUGAAGUUGAACAUCUGGAGUAUUUUGUGCAUGGAAGCCAAUCUUGGAAGGAUAGAGAUGUGACUACAUUCAAUCUUGUUGUUGGGCAUGAUUUCAAACGCAUUGUAUCGUUGGUUUCCAUUGACACAGAACUCUUGUACAACGAAGGUCAACGAUGUUUGAGAUUUGUGAAUGGUGAGAAUAUACCUGAAGCUGUGGCACAGGUACUGACACGAGCUACUUCUUUUUACUUAGACCAUCACCUUAACAUCUGUUUUCUAUCACAAUUUGGGAAUGAAUGCUUCGAUAGCUUGAAUUGUUGCAUACUUAGGGAUUGUCCAGAGCUCGUAGGAAUUGUAAAUAGUUUAGAGCAUGGUAGUAAAUUCUUACCUGUUCUAGAAUAUUUGAGUAUCAACUAUAUGUGGAAGUUGGAAAGAAUUUGGGUUGGUCAUCCUGCAAUGGGAAGUCUUGCGAUGUUACGAUGCUUAACACUGCAUGCAUGUCCAAAGUUGUGCUAUGUCCUAACAUGCUCCAUGCUUGAUAUUCUACCAAACCUGGAAGAGUUGGUGAUUGAAGAUUGUGUAUCCCUAAAAUAUGUUGUGAGCAAAAACGAGGAUGUCGAGGAAAUCAUGCAUGAUGAUGAAGCCUGUAUGUCUAGUGUUUCUGUGGUAGAGAAUCUGAAACCAAAACAAACAAUUGCUCGCGAUGUUUCCGCUCUGCGUAAUUUGAAAGUAUUGAAACUACAUUAUCUACCAGAGAUGUGUGGCAUUUGGAGAGGUCAGUGGCCACAAUUGGAGUACAUCAGCUUUUACAAUUGUCCUAAGCUCAAAAAUCUUUAUAUGGAAGGAAAUGAUGGUGUGCACGUCAAAGAAAUAGCAGCAGAUAAGGCUUGGUGGGAUUCUUUGGAGUGGACAGACCUUGUAUUAUAUAGAAGACUUCAUAAGCUUGUAAACCAAAUCCACAUUGAUGAGUUGUAAAUAAAUAGUUAUAACUUUGCAAGUAUAACUAUUAUGGUGGGAUUCUUUGGAGUGGACAGACCUUGUAUUACGUAGAUGAAUAAUUCAUAAGCUUGUAACCCAAAUCCACAUUGAUGAGUUCUAUAUAAAUAGUUAUAACUUUACAAGUAUAUGACCAAGUUAAAAGAUUCCAGAA